GAGGAAACACACACACACACACUCAUCCUCACAGACGGAGUCAAAUAUAUACACUCACUUUCUUUGUCGCGCACACGCGCACUCAACAACCACACACACACACACACACACACAUACCUCAGCCGAGGAAAGCAAAGUACAGCAUGGCUGCUGCACUACUACGGGAGGAGCCUCGGCUGGGCAGCACCCCGCUGGCCAUGUUAGCCGCCACCUGCAGCAGAAUCGGUGAUCCCGGUCCUUCGUGUUCCCCUGCCCUUUCCGAUGGAGCCCAUCAGGGUUUCGCCAGGGGCUUUCACGCGUGGAGAGGGGCCGCCCCGGGCAACAGCGGCCUCGGUGUGUGCCUCUCACCGCUCGAGGUUCCCUCUGGCACCCCGAGCAGUAACGGAACCAGACUGACCGAGACCUCGAGCGCUUUUUCUGUCACCACUGCCAACUCACACUUUGGGAACGAUGUUUCGAUGUACCAGACAGCUGUGUCAUCGUCAGACAACAACUUUUCGGAUCCCCCACACACACAGCGCUCCGUGUUUCUCACCAAAUACUCGCCCUCGAUGGAGGGCAUUGCUGGGAUUUAUCCGAGGGUGCACGCGCAUCCCUACGAGUCCUGGUUCAAACCCGGAGGUGAGGUCACUAACGCUUCUUCUUCUUGGUGGGACAUGGGCACCAGCUGGGUGGACGCACAGAGCCCGGCCGGGUUACCUUCACCUCUGAGCGGCUACAGCCCUGGUUACAGCUCCGCCUUCGGCUCCGGUGCUUCUCAUCACCUGCUCCCCACUACACAGCACCUGUUUGACGGAUUCAGACAGCCUCACCCGACUCCCUACAAAGAGUCCACGACGACGGGUACACCUGCGCUCACAGGAACACCCGUCGUGUCUGUGCCCACAUCCUCCCGCUCAUCAUCACGGCGCUAUUCCGGCAGAGCCACGUGUGACUGCCCGAACUGUCAGGAGGCGGACAGCCUCGGUCAGGGCGGCUCGAGCCCGCGGCGGAGGGCCCUGCACAACUGCCACAUCCCCGGUUGUGGUAAAGUCUACGGAAAGACCUCUCACCUGAAGGCGCACCUGCGCUGGCACACCGGGGAGAGGCCGUUUGUCUGCAACUGGCUCUUCUGCGGGAAACGUUUCACGCGCUCCGACGAGUUGCAGCGACAUUUGCGCACGCACACCGGGGAGAAGCGUUUCGAAUGCUCGGUGUGCCAUAAAAGGUUCAUGCGCUCCGAUCACCUCAGCAAGCACUCGAGGACGCACGGCGCCGAGGGCUCCGAGGACGGCGGGGACCCGGGGCUCUGUAAAGGAACCAGCGACACUGACAACAGCCUCUCCGGUAGUCCGAGUCAGUCUCCCGGGCUGCACGUGCGUGAGACUGUCCAAACCAGCAGCGAGGCGCAGAGAGCCGUGGAGUAAAUAACAAAGAUACACGAAAAACAAAGCAAUACGUGAACAUUCGAUAACACUGAAGUGUAAUUUCCUGAAAAAUGGCACUUUAUCAUGAACUUCAGCUGUGGAUGAACCGUGUCCUUACCUCAAAUAUGUUAUUUGUAGCUUUCUUUAAAAAAUAAAAAUCUACUUUGCAGUUUAUCAAACUUGUUUUAUUUCGAGAUUUGUUAUGCAUGCUUUAUUUAAUU